ACAAGGAUAGAAUGAUACACCCGAGAGCACUCGGGUGACAUUUCCGAACGCAGCAUAGAUGUUAAAAAUACCCUAGAAAUGUUUUGAUUACAUUACUUUUGAGGUUAGAAGUGGAGCAUUGUGCGGAGUUUUCAUAAUGAUAUUAGGAUUAUUAGAAGAGUAAAAUAUUGUUUCGCAUAUCUGAGUAUUUACCAAAAUAAUUUCGAUAAAAAUUAGACUUUCCGUGUAUGGAGAAUACCCUUUUAUGGAACUAAACACAUCAACUGUCAAACAAGUUGAUGCAAGUGUACGAGAGAUAGAUCCAGAAUUUCAUUAAUCAGCAAAAUCGCAGAGGUGCAUGCACGGCAACAUGCUGAAAAUUUUUAAGUGCCUCCAAUGCGACUCGACCUUCGAUCGUGCCUCACAAUUGGACUAUCAUCAUCGGAGUUUACAUCUGGGAGAGAGGUCCCAGAUAUGCCAGAUAUGCGGAAAAGGUUUCUUUCGCAAGGCAGAUUUGCGCACCCACUUGAAUAUUCACUUGGGGACAAAUUUUCAUAUCUGUGAGAUCUGCGGCAGGAAGUUCAGUCACAUAUCGAAUCUUAUAAGGCACUGUAAAAUGCAUACGGGAAUUAAACCAUACUCGUGUUCAAUUUGUGAUAAGAGUUUUACACAAAUGUCCUCACUAGCGAGGCACAAACAAAUGAUACAUGGGAUACCAAAGGAAGUUGCGCAGCAGUAUUAUAAUACUAGUCUUAUCAGCAAUAAAUCACAAAUCAGCAAUUGCACAUUGAAAGAGAACAAGACAAUAGAUAAUAAUGUAAAAAAUAGAUUUCACGAAACAUCAUACAUGGAGUCAAAGUAUAUUAACCAGAAUGCUGCUAGAAAUUUAGGAAAGGAUGAGAGAAUUUCCAGCCAAUAUGAUGUUGAGGUGGACAACAAAGCGUGUUUAUUCGAGACUAUUAUUUGUGUUAUGUCUAAACAGUUUGAAGAAAGUAAUUUAGCAGAAAAUGAGAGAACAAAUCGAUUGUCGCAAGAUCAUUUAGCCGAGACUGAAGAAAGCUCUACCAAUUUGUCGAUGAAUAACAUUGUUGUUUCGAAUUCCUCUCAAGAUAUAAUUAAUAAUCAUGAACAAAUGCAAUCCAAGGACAGUAUAACUCAUUUUUAUCAACUGGAUAAAAACAAUUUCACCUUUCUACCUCGAAAUAGAGAAUCUAGUGUUAAAUCAGAAACUCAAAAUAAUGAAAACAUUUUAAGAUUAAACAAUUUAAACAUGUGUAUAUCCCAAGAGACUUGUAAAGAAUCUUCUAUAAGCAACAUGAGAAAUUCACUAGUGGAAACGAAUAUACAAACCUGUAAUUCCAAUGAAGUUCCAAUGGACCAAAAAUUUAUGCACAAACAAAUAAACAAAGAAACUAUUAGUGAAAAUAAAAAAUGUAAUAAGUUAUUAAAUGACGACGACAAUCAAUUGUAUAUAGAAUUCUCCAAUUCAGGAAUGUUGAAAUUUGAUGAGCCGCGAUAUUGUAAUAACACCAGUUUAGCUGUGAAUCUUAGUCAUACUAUUAAGUCUUAUCAUUCUGAAAAUAUUGCUUCUAAUGAAUUAACAUGUACUCCCAGUAUUGUACAGAAUCAAGAAGGCUUACUGCACAAUGAGAAUCUAGAAAAUUUCAAUAACGCUAGUAACACAGUAUUGAACAAUGAAGAACCAAUGUUGCGUUUAGUACAGACAGAGACUGGUGAGCAAUUUUAUGAAUUUAUAAUAAGCAAUUUGGUAGAAAAAAUGCAAAACGCUUCGUGCACAAAGAAUUUAGAAGAUACAAUGGAAGAUUCAUCAAAUACUUUUAGAGAUAGUCGAAAAAUUAAUUCAAAUUCGAAAGAAAAUGAGAAGAGUGAUCAAAUGGAGCAUCAACAAACUUUGGAUAGUCUUGUUGAUAUAAAUAACGAAUUUAAUUACACACAAUUUGAUUUUCAUAGAGAGGAAAAUAAAAAUGGUGUUAUCCUAAAUCAUGAUGAAUGUGAACAUUUUAAACAAAAUUUAAAAGAUAAUGAGUGUAUAAAUAACAUGCAGGAAAAAAGUAUGCAAAUUUACAAUUCCGAGAAUUUAGAAUUACUGGAAAACGAAUCGCAUGUAGAUUUUGACAAAUAUGUCGAAACUAAUCUGGAAGCGUUUGAAAGAUUGAAUUAUGAAAAUUGCAAUGAAAAAUUUUUAGAAUUUGUGGAGGUUGCUGAUAUUGGUAUAGAAUCCUCAGGAUACAGAGAACUUUCAACGGUACGCUUGAUUCAAAAUGAAGGUGAACAGUUGUUGGAAUUAUUGCAAGAUUCUCAGGUUGAGCAGGAAGCAAAUCAAGAUUUCCUACAAACUAAUAAUUUCAAAGACUGUUCAAACAUUCUACAAGAUAGUAAUAAGAUAAUCGAUUGUUCCAAAAGUAAAUCAGAUUUCUUUACGUAUGUCGAAGAUAAUUGUAUGUCAUUAGGAGAACAUAUAAGUAGUAACCGAGGCAUAGAAAAUGUUGAAGGAUAUAUAGACGGCAGUAACCACUUGCCUACAGACGUAACAACUGAAAAUGCAAGAGAUAAUAAGAAUUGUGUCAGAACGUUGGAAGAAUUGAAAAAGGCAAAAACAAUUCCCAAAAAGUUUCAAUGCUCAGUAUGCAAGAAAGCAUUCUCAACAGCAUACAAUUAUAAACAACAUAUUGGAAUACACUUUAUCGAUCAGCAAAAAUUUCAUUGUAAAGAUUGUGGGAUGUCCUUUGCUUGGAAAUCUACCUUGAAUAAGCAUAUUACAAACAAUCACAGUUCAGACGGUCCACAGAAAUUUGUCUGUGAGAUUUGUCCAAAAGUCUAUAGCACCUUAUCACAAGUAAAUGAGCACGUAAAGAGGGACCAUUUAAAACAGCGCAAUCAUGUUUGCCUGUACUGCGGCAAAUCUUUCUUUAAGAGAUUCGAUCUGAAAACUCAUAGUAGAACGCACACGAACGAACGUCCGUACGUAUGCCGAAUUUGCGGCAAGAGAUUUCAUCAUCAGAGCCACAUUAUACGUCACGAGCGCACGCACUCAGGCGAACGACCCUAUGUUUGCGACAUUUGUCAACGGACUUUUAUGCAACCUAGCUCCCUGAAAGCGCACAAGCAGAAGCAUCAGCAAAUUCGGAUGGAUUUUCUGGAUUAUCAGAUCGACGAAGACGAUCCUAUUGCACUGACGACGCUAUGAGACAUGUAUCUAGUGAGAUUAAUAUAUCGCUAUGUUUCAUUUAAUCGCCAUGUCACAUUUAUGUGAGAAAGUAGUAGCAGGUGUAUAAUACUAGUAAGAAUGUUUGAAAAGUUUUCCAAAUUUCAAGUUUAAAAUUUAUUUAUUCAGAUUUAUUUGUGUAUAUAUGUAUAUAUAUGUACACACGCAUACACACACACACACACACACACACACACACACACACACACACACUUAUUUAUAUAUUUAUAUAUUCGCAGAACUUUUAAAGGGCUCUUGAAAUCAGUUGUAUAAUUCUAUUUUACCAAUGUUGUUAUAGCCACAUUGUUAUAUUUUUAAUUAAAACUGUUAGAAAAAAAUGCGAAAUAAUGUCUAUACUUAUUUAUUCGCAAUUGAAUUAUAGUUUAUAAUAGAUAAUAGAUAUAAAAGUUGGCAGGGGAUGGAGAGCCUCCAAGGUUGAUUUAUUUUUACCGAAUAAAAUUUUACUUAGAAAAAUUAUAAUAAGAUAAAAAGAAAAUGUGAAGUCAAGUUUAGCAAAAAUGUAUUCAAUCACAAUGAUAUAUGUUAAAAUAAAACAACUUUGCUAAUCA